AUGUCAUCCCCAGCAGCGGUGUCGACUUUUCUGAGCUCUCUGCCACCGAGACCUCCAACACCACCACGCGAGGCUCAUCAUGAGGCUGCGGCUUCCACUCGACCUCAGCUGGGCUUCAUUGAUACCCGAGUGAGCGUCCAUACCCCGCCUGGGUUUCAGUCACCCGACUCCUUCAUUACGACAGCCUCGACGUCACGACGGCUACAGAAGAAGGUUGGAUUCUCCGCUCGAGCCGAGUACCGGGAUGCGCCCGUGUACCCCGACGGUGAAGCAGUGAAGCAGCACCCGACCCCCGUGUCACUGCCCCGAAGUGCAUCGAAACCCGUCAAGUCGAUCCUUAAAGUCACUACCAACACCCUGAACAUCCUCGACCCCACUGCCGGAAGUGGUACCAAUUCCCCGAACCCCCAAAUCAACCUAAUCGCCAUGUUGGAUUCCACCCUCCAGCAGCUGGCCGGCGGCGACCGCGGCUCUAAGCUCGAUGCCUACUUGAUGCUCACCCGGGCGUGGAAGGCUUCCAAUAAUCUUCCAGACAGGGUGGCUCUCCAGGAAAAGAUGUCACUAUUCACCCAAUUUAUGCAACGGGACAUUUCAACACGGAACAUGGAAGGCAACCCCGAUGUCGUUCUUGUCAACCAUGCGCUGAAUCUCUUGAAUACCUUUUUACACUUUCCCGCCAUAUCUUCAACCAUUCCCCACGACUUCGGCGUCUUCAUCAUCGACCAUUGCAUCCGCUCGUUCGAGGACUCAUCCACCCCGAAAGAUACCGCGCGUCGUCUCAUGCAGGUCAUCUCUCUGCAAAAAUUCCCUCCCAAAGUCAUGACCGCAGACAGAGUCGGGAGGCUGGUUUCGUCGUUGCACAACAUCGAAGAACACCUCAAGGGAAAGAGCAUCGUGUUGUCUCGUGUUUUGAUUUAUCGGAAACUGAUCCAGCAGUCCCGGCAGCUCAUGGUCAUCCACUCGGACUGGUUGCUGGACAUGUUCACCGAUAUGCUCAGCAAUCUCAAGGACAUCCGGUUGGCCGCCAUUUCGUUAGGCUUGGAAGCGGCCUUUAGCAUCGGCCACGAAAAGCAACUGUCGCGGAAGGCGAUGGAAAUUUUCAACCUUGCGGAUACGGAUAGGCGCUACGUUCAAUACUACGAGGAGAGACUCAGGGUAAUGGCCAAGGACAGGCACGAAUCUGCCCUUGUUCCCGAGAUUUGGAGCGUUGUCAUCCUUCUUCUCCGCGUCCGUCUGGACAAAUGGGAGUACGCUCAGCCUUGGCUUCACAUCAUCCAGGGCUGUUUCAACAGCCCCGAUUUCCCGACGAAAAUUGCUGCCAACCGUGCUUGGUCCAGACUGGUGUACAUGAUGCAUCUCGAAGAGCGAUGGUCGGCAAAGAGCCUGAGGACCCUCGCUACCCCCCUUAUCAGCCAACUCAAACGAAGGUCACCCGGCAAAAGCUCAGACGAUUUGAGGCAAGCUGUGCUAGGUGCCAUUUGCAAUCUAUUUUACUACACCUUCAAGCCCAAUACGAACGCAAUGCUGUUAGACAUUUACUGGGAUAACAGCGUUCAACCCGCCGUUGCGAAGCUGCUUGACGCGGCUGCCGGCCCUGUCGAAGAUACCGUCCAUCAAGCCAGUGCCAUUCUUGGCGGCCUUUUCGACUGCACCACCCCACGGAGAUGGAAGGUCGAUCGCGUUGCCGAGUUACCGUUCGUCAGUCCCGGAGAGCUCCCUUCAUUAGACUCAAAAUGGAUCCGGCGGAACACCAACCGGGUGUUUGGUGUUGUCGAGCCCAUUCUUGAGCAAGACUUCCUCUCGCUAGCCAAGGCCGACAGCGCUACUUGCAGGCUUUGGACGUGCUUGGUUUCGACGGUUGCCGCAGCAGCGGCUAAGGAAAUCAUCGUCUCCGAAGACACGGCUUCCUUCGUUGCAGGGUCUUUGGGCGCCUUGCAAAGGGUGUGGGAUCGUGGUUUGUCAGGGCGAGAUGAAACUGAGGGCAAUAUCGCGGCCUUUCUUUCCUCUGCGAUGGUAUAUCUGGAAGUACUGGUUCGCUCUCUGGCCCUUCCCUUCACCGAAAAGACGGGGAAACAACCAUCAACACCCAUCAAGGGGCCUCUUUAUAAGCUCUUCUCCGUGUUAUCAACGCCUCCCCCAGGAAUCCCCGAUGACGACAAGUACGCACAACUUCUCCGGUCCGUUUUUAGCCCCUUUUUUGCUUCCAAGGGAGGCAAGGCGGGAAUGGAUCUCGCCCAGGACUUGAUGUCGACUAUCCCUAUUGACGCCCCACGCCCUUACGGCGCCUGGCUGCUGGUGGCCGAGAACAUCUCGAAUUGGCUCGCACCCGAUCAAAACAGCCACCAAUCAACGGGCUCCGGAGGAGAAACUCCUGUUGGUCACGACUACCGGGAUGUCGUAAAGCUUCUCGAGCGCGGUAUCCGAUCGACCCCCAAUCUUCCAGCAAGCCAUUGGGACGCUCUAUUUCACACGGCUUUUGAGCGAGUGCGUGAGGAAACUGGAGACGCUGGGGCAGCCAUUGUCCUGAUUGAACCCCUGGCAAAGGUUGUAGCUGAGCAUUGCUCAACCCAAGGUCUAAUUGAUGGUUCGUUCAGUGGCAUCAAAUCCAUGACCGAGCUUAUCUCUGUUGCCACACAACCACGCGACAGACAGGCAGUGGAUGCCGCCCGGAAGCGACUUUGGGGCACCGUUUUGGCAGGCUCUCGGUCUUCGUCCUUCGACACCUUCGAUAACCUUUACCGAGGCCUCAGCGAAGUCUUGCAGUCUGCCUACAGCAAUCUCAGCACGGUCGACUCCGACUCGCUGGUGCGUCUUUUUGGAGAGCUUGGCGGCUUCUUCGACAGAUGCAACCGCGAACUGUUUGUGAGGGCAUUGGUCAGCGUGCAGGGUGGCUUUCUCCUCUGGGUAGAGGAUACACAACGGCGCCUCGGUGGGCAGGGUGAUUUGGUUUUUCCUGCGGUGAAAACACUGUGGGAUAAACUUGCCCACCUGAUCAAGGGCAUCGAUCACCCCGAGCAGCAGCUGCAAAGCCUCGAGGAUUUUCUCUGCGCCUCGUUCGCCUCGUGCCAUCGCUCCAUUGUCAACUCUACGAUUGUCCUGUGGAAUGGGAUGAUCGAGAAUGUUGAACAUGUCGAGUACCCUGAGGGGCUCAAAGCUGCUCUCGUGCGGAUGCACCCCCAAGCCGACAUCGCAAUGCCCGGGCUGGAAACGCCAAGUGUGGAGGAGAACGCCAACCAAAAGACCUCGUUCAUCGAUUCAUUUGAGGAUUUCAGCUUCCCUAGUUUGCAUUCCACGCGGUCCAGCAGCCGGAGGAGCACCCCACGACCCAAUGAACCCCAGCCCAAAUCUCCUAUAUCCACCAGCCUUCCCCAAAGAAGCCUUGACGGAUCUGCCCGAGGCAAGUUGGCGGUAAGCACCCGAGACAUCACGACGCCUCGUUUGAGGCAUGAUGACUCUCAGGUUCAGUUCGCCGCAAUUAUGCCUGCUCCCGCCUCUGGGAGUCCAUUCGAAUCCCAAGUGUUGACCGAGCGGCAAAAGGAGAUCCGUGAGCGGCAGAGAGAAAAUGCAGCUCUUUUCUCAGACAACCGAUCCAGUCCGGAUGCUGCACUGGAUGACUCCGAGCAACAACCACUCCCGGUUGCUCCCCGGGAACGGCAAGCCGCAACCCCGGAGCCCGAAAUGAGAUUCGAUGACUAUGUUUCGUCGACCCCGACCCCUCGCCGGGGCCAACUGUUCGUGAUGCCUGAGCAUGACCCGACCGACCCUCCCUCAUCGCCCCCGGAGAUGAGAGGAAACCCCCUCGCGGCCGAGAUACGAUCAAGGUCCGCUAGCCAUAGCCUUCUCGAGGACUGGCAGUUCUCGUCGUCGCCGGUCUCAGGCUCACCCAAUCCGCACCGGCAUGGGGUUAUUCCCGACCCUUCUAGCCAACGAGGCUACGUCAGUGUGGUUUCUUUGCCCGAGGUGCUUAGCAGCCCGGCCAAAGCAGAGGACAAGACAGAGCCACCGCCAUCGACCGCAGACGAUAUCAUCGAGGAUAGCAUGGUCUUUGAGGCUGCCGAGGUGGUAUCCAACGCGAAAGCACUUGUAACACCAGUAGAAGGGAGUCAGGGCCCGUUCACGCCACGCCGCUCCUCUCGACUUUCCCAGGCGCGAGCCCGCGAAACGCCAACACCCAAGUCGGACGGUGAGGAGUUUGUUGACGCGCCAACCAGCCCCCUACCACCGACUCCCGGACGGUUGGCGAGACAAGCACAAGCACAAGAACAAGAACAAGCACCCAAAUUGCCUGGCGAUGACCAAGCUCACAACAUACAGGGAACGGGUACCUCGUUCGGGGUUAGCGACCUCGACGAAGCAAGUCUGGUGAGGCUGGUCGUGGAGUUGGAUGCGAACACUACCGACCGCUCAGGGUACCAACGUCCUUCGCCGUCCGUUUCCCCCGAAAGCAAGAAGCAACCGUCGCCGGUCAUCGACUGCAUUGUGGUUUCCGGAAGCCCAGAACCCGAGGUCGCCUUGCCGGCGAGAAUAACGAGGUCCACUUCAACUACAUCGACGACUUCAUCUGCCGGCGACUCCCAGGAUUUGGUCAGCCCACAGCGCAAGACGCGUAGUGGGCGGCCGAAGAGGAAGAGGGCCUUUUCGAAAGCGCAGGAUGUGAGCCCGAAGCGACGGCGGCACAGCUCAAGCGGGAAAACCGACGCAGUGCUGUCUAGUCAGACAGCUGUGGAGGUCGAGGGCUCUGCCGAGGUCCCGUUGAUCACGGUCGAAGGCAUACCUAAAAAGGACGAGAAUGAGGUCGAGGAACGGGUCCCGAGCUCGUCGGCGGAGCCCACCGGUUCCGAGCAUUCAAGCCAAGGAGGUGGUCCGGAGGAAUCUAUGACCCUCCAGACUGGGGAAGCCAUGGACCUCGAAGGCGACGAUCAGGAUGUGCAGUCCCAGAUUGCUCUUGAAUUCAGCCAACACCGGGAGGAAGACGACACCCCGGAAUCUGAGGACGCGUCCGAGUCCCCUAUCAGUUUUGAAGAACCGGAGAACAUUCACGCCGAGAGCCCGGUCGCUCAGGAACAGGAGAUGGGCGACAAGAUUGUCGAGAAAGUUGUCAACGACGGGGCGGCUAAUGCAGCCCCGACUGUGGGAGAACAGACAACCCCGGAGACGAACCAGGCCAUGAAGAUCAUGGACCUAUUCAGGGGUGGUCUUGAUGAGCUGCGGUCGGCGCGGUUGUCUAGAGAGGAGGUGUACCGGAUUGAGGAUAUGUUUAUGGAUAUGAAGAGGGAAUUGUACGAAGCCGAGAGGCGCGGGAGAGCAUAA